UGGGACAGUUUUAUAAUGGACCAAAGAGGGUCCUCACCUCAGCAUGAAAGGGAUAUGUCCUUUAUAGAAAAGCACAAAGGACAUAUAUUGUGUAGCCUUCCAGCAUUUGCCAGGUACCUUGAUUAGAUUGACAUAAACUGGAGGACUCUCUCUCAAUACUGCACUGGACAGCUCCAACAAAACAACGCUGGCAGCAGCCUCGGAACCAAAGACACCGCAGCAUAGUUUCUGCCCGGAGAGCUGCACACAAACUGUGCGCCACUGUUGCCUGACAACAGUAAGAUCUAGUACCGACGGCUUUGGGCGGGAAUACAGCAGGCGCUGUGGUACAGUGUCUAGUUUUGUGACAGCGGCUCGCUGCCUGUUAUCUACUCGUCCAUGUCACGGGGGCAGACAGACGGGUCCCAGGCUAUGGCCUCCUCUCAGACGGCGGGGCCUGGGCCGAGCUCCGAUGCCAUAGCGUCAGUCAGCGGGACGGUGCAGAAGUACGUAGCCAAGAAGAAGAAGGUGCUGAAUCCAGAGGAGGCCGAGCUGUACGAGCUGACCCAAGCGGCGGGGAUUGUUUUAGACCAAGAGGUGUUUAAAAUUCUUGUGGAUCUGUUAAAGAUGAAUGUAGCCCCACUGGCAGUUUUUCAGAUGCUGAAGUCAAUGUGUGCUGCGCACAAGAUAUCUGAUACAGUUUCUGCUGAAAGUAGUUCUGUAUCAUUAGCACCCGGUCAUUCUGAUGUUCGAGAAGAACCAUUUCUCUCAGUCAAGAACAGUAAAAUUCCUGCACCACUAUCCUUUUCCUCUUCUUCCCUCCGAUCACCGAGGCUAAAGGGCACUAAGAUUGUGGUCUACAGUCCGGGCGAUACUUGCUCUCCUCUAUCUCAAGGUCCCCCUGGUUCCUUCCAGCUUUCUUGCUGCCUGUUCUACCCAUUUGCAGGAAGAAACAAACUGAAUCCAACAAGCAGUAUGACUCAAGGUCCAGGAGAAAGGAGCAGCAGAGAAGGAUCUAGCCAGAGAAUUCCACGUCAGCCUAGUGGCAGCCGCAUGCAGAAGAGCAGCAGCUCUGGGAAAAGCAGUGGAGGAAGCAGCACAUAGUACAUUGUAUCAGUCAGUGCAGGACUCCGAGCCUCUGUUCAAAUCAUUCGCUAAUGUUCUAAACUGAGCACGUCUUUACUGUAUACCAUAGGUUCUCAGAGUAUUCUGCUGGACAUAUGGCUAGCUUACGCUUUCAGACAACUAUUGUAGGGAGAAACUUAUCCAAAGAGAUUUCACCAAGGGUGUGUGCUUUCCCCUGAGCAAGAGUUAUUUUGGUAUGCUUCUUUACAAUGCAAUUAUUUGGUGAUUUUAGGCUAGGCUAGGGCAAACACGGAGCUGAAAUCAGCUAGUUGCGGGCAAUAGCCUCCUCUCUUUUACACAUGAAUUGUCUUUGGCUUAAAGGAAAACUAUACCCCCAAAAUGAAUACUUAAGCAACAUAUAGUUUAUAUCAAAUUGAAUGACAUAUUAAAGAAUCUUACCAAACUGGAAUAUAUAUUUACAUAAAUAUUGCCC